CCUUUGUACCGAAACGCCAUGGUGCGCCGUAUAGCAUCGCAAGUGCACCAGCAGGCGCUGCGUCUUAUGAAAGGCAACCUCAUUGACCAACCAGUAUGGCUUGGCUCUGUUCUCCAGUACCCACCUUUGCCCCUUCCUCCGAAAGUGCCUCCUCCACGAACCUCUUUUGACUCGGCAGCUCCCAAAUCGACUCGACUUGCAGGGACUACCCAGAAACUACGAGCACCAAAAAAUAGACCGUCAUCCAUUGUCUACAUCGAGGAUGAAAUUCGCCGCCGGUUCUUCCGUGACCAUCCCUUUGAGGCCUUCCGACCUGUGACGCUGACCGAACGCGAUGCGAUACGGGAGCAGCGUCCUGUGCAAGGACGUGAUUGGCAGAGACUGAGGCAAUGGGGACGGAAUCCUUCACCAGAAGAUGCCAUACGAUUUGCCGUCAACCUGUACGAACACCACAAUCUUCCUCUAACAUUCGCCUACACGCGCGCAGUCGCCCAGUUCCGUGCUCUACGUUCUGAACACCACGUUGCACGCCGAUUCGCCGUGCUGGAAGUUGAGAGCUACGGACGGGUGUUCCCAACGUCGCAAGUGCAGCUUGGGUUCGAGAAGGAGAAGAAGGCACUGGAUACCUGGGAAGAAGCCUCGAGUAUGGAUGCGGGAGAGUUUGCUUCGAGGAAGAGGUGGAGGUCUAUUGCAGCUAACUUUGUUGGUGGUUCGCAGGAGUGGACGAGAGGCGAGCAAUAUGCGGCGUUGUGGAGGAAGGGUGCCAGACCUACGUAUGCCCCGGCACUUACAGAGGUCAAGUAUCCGUCUAUGUUGUCGCCAACACCAGAGGCAACACCACAAGUUGCAGCUCCACAGGCAGCGGGAGCAGCUCACACACCCACACCAGCAGCUCGACCACAACCUGUAUACAAUAGAACUGCCUAACAAUGGAUAAUUCUUACUGAAG